AUGCUCCCAGAAACCUGCAUUUUCUUGUUUUGCUUCUUGUUUUGUGUUCCUUCUUUGAUUAGAGCAGCUACAAGUUUGAAUCUCACUCUACCAAAUCAACACCCCAACCCUGAAGCUGUGGUUCAAGAAGUACAGAGGAGUGUCAAUGUAUCUCUAUCAAGAAGGGAUUUGCUAUCCACCUCAGUGAAGGGUCAGUCCCAAUGUCUCACAGGCAAUCCAAUAGAUGACUGUUGGAGGUGUGACUCCAACUGGGCCAACAACCGCCAACGCCUAGCGGACUGUGCCAUUGGCUUUGGCCAGGGUGCAUUGGGAGGCAAAGGCGGCCAAAUUUACAUAGUUAAUGACUCCUCGGACCAUGACACAGUCAACCCCACCCCAGGCACCCUCCGCCAUGCAGUCAUCCAAGAUGAACCUCUAUGGAUAGUUUUCCAGUCAAACAUGGUUAUUAAGCUCAAACAUGAGCUCAUUAUUAAUAGUUACAAGACAAUUGAUGGCCGUGGUGCGAAUGUGCAGAUAACAGGCAAUGGCUGCUUAACUUUGCAGUAUAUUAGCAAUGUGAUAAUUCACAGUGUGCACAUUUACGAUUGUAGACCCUCAGGGAAUACUAACAUUAGGUCAAGUCCAACACAUGUUGGAUAUAGAGGCAAAUCGGAUGGUGAUGGGAUAUCCAUUUUCGGGUCGAGGAAUAUUUGGAUUGAUCAUUGUGCUUUGUCCCAUUGUACUGAUGGCUUGGUUGAUGCCAUCAUGGGAUCCACUGCUAUAACCAUUUCUAAUAGCUAUUUCUCUUACCAUAAUGAGGUCAUGCUCUUGGGACAUGACGACAAAUACUUGCCUGACUCUGGAAUGCAGGUGACAAUAGCUUUCAAUUACUUUGGAGAAGGUUUGGUACAGAGGAUGCCAAGAUGUAGGAGAGGGUACAUCCAUGUGGUGAACAACGAUAUUACUGAAUGGAAGAUGUAUGCUAUUGGUGGAAGUGGUAAUCCAACCAUUAAUAGUCAGGGGAAUCGCUACACAGCACCAUCUGAUCCGAGUGCUAAGGAGGUGACCAAGCGAUGCGACACGGACGAGGGUCAGUGGAGCAAUUGGAAUUGGCGAUCAGACGGAGACACAAUGGUAAAUGGUGCAUUCUUUGUGCCUUCCGGUGGAGGGUUCAGCACCCAAUACGCGAAGGCGUCCAGUGUUGAGCCCAAAUCCUCUGUCCUCGUUGACAGUCUUACGACGAACGCUGGUGUCCUUGGUGGGCCGAGGGACAAUAGUUUUAUCAUGCACGGUAGCAGCAGCACCACCACUGGCGGAAGCAGUAAUGGCGGAAGCAGUAAUGGUGGCGGAGAUGGUGACUUCUUCGGAAUGAUGUUUGGGAGCGGUGGAGCCUCAACACGAUCAUAUCCAUCCGCCACCCUGUUUUUCUCUCUUCUAAUUUUGUACCUUACCACCAACCAUGGUGGUUUACAAUAA